UAUUUGUGGCAGUCAGUCUUUAUAAUGUGGUGGGCAGCCGCAAAUAAAUAUAUUGGAAUAUUAGAAAUUAUGCUGGAGUUUGUAACUUAAGAAUGGCGAAAAAUAGUGAGAUUCUAUGACAUUCAUUAGAAAAAACUGCAAAAUGAUAUAACAAAGAAAAUAUAUCAAGGUUAGACCGCAAUAUGUAUUGUUAAAAGUGCUAUAUAAGUAACGAUUGAACAUGUAUUUUAAAUGGAUUAAAAUGACUAGUGGUGGUAAAAAAAAAAACUUUGGAAAAGUUCAAAAUUCAAUGCUUUAUGUGUACAGCAGUAAACAGACUGCAAUGUUUAUAUCUCCUUUCAGAUGAUGAGAGAGAAGAGAAGUCCUGGACAGCCUUGUGGACAGAAAGUUAGUUUCCCAAGAUUCUCUAAUUUGAACCGUGUCCCAGAGAUCCUAGACUUUCCCAGACCAAAUGUUGGGCCUUUUCGCAAUGAGAAUCCAACGCCCUGUACGUGCCAGAAUACUAAUCCAGCGAACCAGUAUGUGCCCAAAAAGGAGCUAGACGACCUGCAGAAACGCCGGGCAGAAGAGUUCAGACAACACCAGAUCAGAACAGGGAAGGAAAACGAUGUUCUUAUUCUCGCCCCCGCCAACGCUCCGCUGCAGUAUCCAAUCAGAGGAUUCAGAGUGACUCCCAUGAAUAAAACGCCCGUUCCUGGUCUAGCACUGCAAACACAAAAGAGAGCGGUUUACAAGGUGUCUCUAAGGGUGCAGAAAGGAGUGCUCUCCGUGUCGGAUAUCCAGGAAGGAGAGCAGGUGGACGGCCAGGACGAGAAACAUCUGAGGAUCUCCUCCAGCAGCCUCCAACAGCUCAAUGACCUGCUGAGCAGACUGACCUACACCAGCACCAUCUACCACAUCAAGACAGAGGACCUUGCUUACUUCUCUUUUGAGAACCACGAGGUCAUAUUCCCCAUUGAGAUCAGACGUUUGUCAGUUCCUGUUCUGUUUGACCCAGGAAAAGAUGUCAACUCUCAGGUGACUGUGCUAAUUAAAGCAUUUUUGCGAUAUAAAGAACUAAACGUCCUCAUCAGUAGUAUCCGUAGGAGCUACCCAAAAAUAAAGAUCAUUGUCGCUGACGACAGCCUGAAGCCCGAGAAGGUGGAAGGUGACAAUAUAGAGCAUUACAUAAUGCCCCCGGCACAGGGCUGGUUCGCAGGCAGAAACCUGGCCGUCUCGCAGGUCACCACUAAGUACUUCCUGUGGGUGGACGACGACUUCGUGUUCCUGAACGAGACGCGCAUUGAAAGCUUUGUGAAAAUCAUGGAAUCCGUUCCUGAACUAGAUGUGGUUGGUGGUCAGGUAGGAGGAAAUCAGUUUUCCUUUCUGUUGCAAUAUGAGGAAGGGAUCAGCGAGGAAGGCGGCUGUAUCACACGCGCCGUUCGUACCCAUGCGCCCCUGCCGGGCUUCGACGGCUGCUUCUUUGCAGACGGAGUCGUCAACUACUUCCUGGGCCGGACACAGGCGGUGCGGAGGGUCGCUUUCGACCCGUUCCUGAAGCGAGUGGCUCACACUGAAUUCUUCGUUGAUGGGCUUGGAGAUCUGUUAGUCGUCACCUGCAAAGGUCUCAGAAUUGGUCACCAAAAACACAGUGCCACAAACAACUACAGAUUCUACAGGCAUCCUCCCAAGAGUGAUUUAGAGGAGAAAAUGACUCACCAUUUUUUCAAGAACUAUCUGAAAUGCAUCAAAUACUAAGGAGCGUUUUCAGGUGAAACAUGACAUUGCUCACACAUCAAUUUUUUGACCUUACGAGUCAAAGGUUUUAAUCUUCUCAUGUUUGCCACGGAGUAAACACUACUAUACUUCCAAAAUUUUGACUUCUGAGUUUAUAACUUCAUUUUUAUUGCGUGGAAUGGGAGUUUGCUAUUAAAACUUCGGGUUUAUUUCUCACAUUUCUGACUUUUUUUCGGACUUUCAAACUACCAAAAGUUGCAAUUACCUUAAUUCUUUUUAGUUCCUGGUGGAAACAAGCUUCCAGAGUCAUCCAAACUAUAAAAGAACAUAAAAGGAAGAAUGAGCUUUUUCUGUGUCUAGAAUCCAGAUCUGUUCUUUCUCUCAACCAACUUCAUGCAUCCUGGGAUGGUUAUUAAACACUAUUGAAGGAGAUCUCAAGUAUUUUGACUGGUUUUGAUUUAGUCUUUACCUUAAAUAUCGUCUUCAGAAAUGUUUUAUGAACUUAAGAUCAUUUGUCACAUUUAGAAACUAUAUUGUUGUGCCAAAAAAAGUCAAUGGUCUGGUCAUUCAGAAAAUGAUAUACUCGUUUCUAUUAUAAAACAGAAAGUCUCUAGCUUAUUUUCCGAUUCUUUAGCUGCUAUAGAAUCACACCAAGUAUGAAAACAAUAAAUAUAAUUAAAUUAUAGUUCUAAAAUCAGUUUUCUAUAUUAAAGAACAGCAUAGUUCACUCCAUAACUAUAUUUAUAAUGAUACAGAGAAAUGAUAUUGUUGGGAUCACAUUCAAAACAAUUUUUUUUCUAGCUGAUUAAUGAUACAAACAUUGACAUCCAGGGUAUCGGUUUUCAUGAUCUUUUGUCCAUUGUACUGUGCCAUUAUGUCUGGAACACAUUUCUGUCAGCAACCCUGGUUGCCCACUCUGUAUUUUCCUUUGAGAAUUUGCCUCAGAGGUUUGCAUAAGAACAGCUCCUUUGCAUUUAGUGACUUUUAAAUGAAAAGUUCUCCCCAAAAAUGAAAAUUAGCCCAUAUUUUGCUCAACCCUAAGCCCUCCUAAGUGUAUAUAGCGUUCUCCUUUUAGACGAACACAGUCACAGUUUCGCUGAUAACAACAUUUAGGAUCACCACUGUUCAUGUAUCACAGGGUACGAUUAUAUUAAUGUACAUUUAAACUGUUUAACAUUUGUUUGUAUUUUUGACCUACAUUGUACAAGACGCGAGAACAGUCCGCUAUUAUAAGUUUGUACAUUGUUAUGGACUCUAGUUUUAAUGUUGAAACUUGAAAAUUUUAACUUUAAUGUGUAUGACAACCAGAAAAUGAAUGUUUUUGUCUUCAUUUGGAUUGAGGUUAAAUGCUUAAGGACAUUGAAUGCCUUGUUUUGUUCUGAUUCAGGAAAUGUAAUCAAAUAAAUUAUUGGGAUGCUCUCAGGAUACCUGAAA